ACCGUGUGUAUGGGCUAUAAAAACAACUCUGGUAACCCUCUUCGUUCGAGUAACAUGCAGCAGUUGUGAUAAAAAUUGAAUUUAAAUUGAAUUUUGAAUACUUAGACGAAAAAGUAUCUGACGGAAAACGUGAAUAGUGUGUGUAUCAGGGCAAUUGUAGGCCAAAUGAAAGGUGAAUAAUUAAUUGUUUUGCGGAAUUCGCAGUGUUUGCACGUUGAGUUGAUUUACCUCGCAUCGUAACUGCUUGUCGUAGACACAGGAAAAGCAGACAUACGAUUUUUCUUUUUGUUUUGAGUUGUGCGCGCACAAAUAUCAUAACAAACGGAUCUCAAGUCAUAUCAAGCAAACAACUAACACAUAGUUGGAUAAUACAAUGGAUGCCAGCGUCACCUCUGAAAUGGAUGAGUUGGAUGAUACCACGCCGUUGCCCGAGCUCACUUUUUAUGAUCUGCUGGAGCCAUCUACAACGUCCAAAGAGCAACACUUGAGCCAAGCUGAUAAUGAUAUCGCACAAGAUGAUGACGAUGUGGACGAAGAUGAUGCGGACGAGUGCGAGGAAGAGUUUCUCUCAACGUCUCUAAACGAAUCGUUGAAUACACCAAAAAUUAAAAAGCCAUCUAUCGUCCGGAUAUUGGAGAACAAACGGUUAACGGCACCAGCGCCUAUAGGUACAGCAUUGAAAACUAUGCUGGGCGGGCCAAUUCGGAUAGUAAGUACGCCAACCAAAUCAACAACCCAAGGAACGGAAGUGAAAAUCCUUAACAAAUUGCAACAACCAGUAAAAUCUUUUGCUAAUGUGCCAGUGAAAAUUGGCAGCACCACAAUAGCAACACCAGCCGCGGGGGCAACCAAGAAUCUUAGCGGGGUGACAAUGACGCCAAUUAAAAUGGCUGAUGGCAAGUUGCUAUUCCUGCAGAAAUCCAUUGCCACACCAGGCGGAGCAGCGGCGAAGUUGCCAAUCAGCGGUGCAUCUACACGAUUGAUUGCCCAAUCUUCUGCUGCUGGAGGUGGCAUACGGCAAACAGUACUGCCAAAAGGUGUGACCAUCACUAGUUCCGGUUUAAUAAAGAGUUCGGCAUCCAUAGCACCAAUUGCUGUCAAGGGAUUGACGACCAUUGGCUCAUCCAAACCCACAACGUUGAUCAAUACUUCUGUUCAGUCAUCUCCUGCAGUUACAAACUCUACGGCUGCAGCACCAUCGACAACCGCUACGGCAGCCACAACUAUUCAAAUGAGUAGCAAGAUGCCCAUUAAAGUGGUGCGAACCGCUGAUGGUAAAUUAAUAAAACUAAAUCAAGGCGCUGCUCCGACUAUGCUGCUGAAUGCUAAGGCCGCUGCUGUAUCCGUGAAGCCAUCAGGCAGCACAGCAACGGCAACGGCAACGGCAAUAGCUUCUACUAGCAGCAGCAAUACCAGCAGCAACAAACCAGUAACGACGCAGGUUAUCAUUAAGGGUCCACUGAAGCAAAUAUCAGCUGGAUCAUCGCUGCGGCCUGUCAUUAAUAAUGUUCCCAGCUCCAGUGCAACGGCGGUUAACAAUAGCAGUACUGGCAGCAGUCCAACAACAGCAGCAACAUCUGCUACACUGCCAACAGGCAAAAUGUUGGUUCAAAGCCUAACGGGCAAGCAGAUUGUGGUGGCCAGUAAAAACAUUAUAAAGUUGUCACCGAAACCAGCGGCGAGCGGCAGCGCCAAUGCUAACGCCAGUUCCAGUGUCAGUCCAAGUGGCACUGGAAAUACAGCUUCUACAGGCACCACGCCAACUGGACUGCAUGCCAUUCAGCUACCAGGCAAGAGUGGCGUGCAGUAUGUACGAGUCUUGCCCAACAGCGGCGGUGCCAGCAAGGUGAGCACUAGUCCACAGAGGGUGCCACUUGGACGUCCCAGCAGCACUCCAACAGUCAGUUUGGGUAGCACAAACAAAAUUGUUAUGAAAACAAUGGGUGGCAGCAUUGUGCCAUUGCCAUCUAUGCAGACAUUGGUCCCUAGGCGAGUACCUGGCACACCGGUAAGUGCAGUUCAUGGCAAAGCGCCCGGCAAGGGUGUCAGUAAUAACGCCAACUUGGAGGGCGCACGGAAGCAUCGCCUCUCAGAUCUCAAUGUGCAAAUCAAGCAUCUAAUUAACGACAGCAACGAGACUGCUGGUCCCGAUGCAAAAAAGGCGCGCUAUGUCAUUUCCAUGCCACAAAUAUCGGCAUCAGCUACCGCAACAACAACAACGACGCCAGCUACGCAACAACAGAUGCAAAAGUUGGCGGCAACACGGCCGACGACUGUACAGAGGGUCGCGGUGCAGGGCGGCAAUAGCAGCAGCAGCAGUAACAGUGGUGAAACCCGAAAGGUUUACAAUCUGGUCACAAAGAGCGAUGCCAAUGGUGUCAAGUAUAUGAUUUGUAACAAGAGUGGCGAAGGAGGAAAGCCGCGUACUCUUUUCAAUACAACGAUGCGUCGUGGCUAUACGCUGGCCGAUUCCAAGCUGCGACGUCCCACCACGUUGUCACCGCAACAAAUACGAUUCAAGCAGAUGAAAUUGCAGCAACAGAGACAGGUACUGGCGCAGGCGCAGGCCAAGCUCAGGCAACAGCAGCAGCAUAAGCAACAACAGUCGCCCCAAGCAACUAAACCACAACAACAGCAACAGAAAUCACAGUCAACCACAGCGCAGGCGAAUAAAUCCUCUGUGCCUGGGAAGCCGAUGUUUGACAUUUUGAAGCCACCACCACCCCCAACUCCAGCGCCAGCGGCAACCACUGUAAUUGAAGCACUCGGCGGAUCUCGUCGUAAGCACUGCAACUGUAGUAAAUCGCAAUGCUUGAAACUUUACUGCGACUGUUUUGCCAAUGGUGAAUUCUGUCAGGAUUGUACUUGCAAGGAUUGCUUCAACAAUCUGGACUAUGAGGUCAAGCGCGAGCGCGCAAUACGCAGCUGUCUAGAGCGUAAUCCUAGUGCUUUUAAACCGAAAAUUACGGCGCCAAACUCUGGGGAUAUGCGUUUGCAUAACAAGGGCUGCAAUUGCAAGAGAUCUGGUUGCCUCAAGAACUACUGCGAAUGUUACGAGGCCAAAAUACCUUGUUCGGCCAUGUGUAAAUGCGUAGGCUGUCGAAAUAUGGAAGAUCGCCCUGAUGUUGACAUGGACUCUAUGGAUAGCCUGGCUGAUGUUAAGUCGCGUCCCAAUAAAAUGAAGGAUCUGAACGGAGCACACGCACACGACAACCGAUCAAAUGCUUAUCUAACGGAUGAUGUUAUAGAGGCGACUAUAAUGUGCAUGAUAUCCCGCAUUGUUAUGCAUGAGAAACAAAACUUACCCAUUGAGGAUACUGAACGUGAAGUUAUGGAAGAGUUGGGUGAAAGUUUGAACCAAAUAAUAACAUUUGCCAAGGAAAAGAACGAUACAAUUCAAAUGGACGAUCCCAAGACGACAGCCUAAACAAAAUGCGCUUGACGAUUAUUUAUGAUGUAUUCGAUGAUGUUUUAUUUCUUGCUUGUUAUUCUAAACAUAUGAUGCACAUAUACAUAUUAGAUAAUAAGUUCAAAGCGAUUCUUAAUUUGCAAUUUGUUCUUCAAAUUAUGCUUUCUAAAAGUUGACCUUAACGUGUAAAGUGCAAAUAAAUUAAAAACAAAAUUAUCAUAACGAUUGAAUAUUAGCAAUGACUAUAUACUUAUUGUGUAUGUGUAUAUAGCAAUUGUAAUUCUAAUACCGUAGCGAAUGUAAGAACUUUAACUGAGGGAAGCAUUUUGUAGCAAUCUAGUAAUAUUAGCUAACAAACUGAUCAUUUUGGAAAUGACUCCCCUUAUUUGUGUAUGUAAAUAAAUUAAAAUUUAAUAAAACAUACGUUACCACAUUUGUGUA